AUGAACUUCUUAGAGCCAGGUUCUCAUGAACUAAUCUAACGACGUCAAUAAGCCAAACUUGAUUUCUUAGUAUCUGAAAAUCGUUCGCUCAAAUAAGAGAAUGAUUUAUUGCUUUUGACACUCCAGAAGUAUAGAACCAAUCAACUGAAUGAAAUAUUUUCUUUCGAAAUUCAACAAUUAAAUUAACAAGUUACAUCAUUGAAGGAAUAACUCACCCAUUCGCAGGUGCAAGCUUUCCUCAAUCUUUAAAUGAGUUAACAAAUUGAAGCCUUCUAUUUGGAUUUGGUUCAUGAACAAGAAGAUAAAAUUUUAGAAUAACGCCGCAUCAUUCACGAUAAAGAAUAUACUAUUUAACAAUAGGAAAAGAACAAUACAGUAUUGAAUGAUGGAGUGGCUGUUAAAUGUAAGGAUCUCUUAUAAUUAAAUGAAAUAUCUUUAAAAUUACACAAUGAAAUUGAACAUUUAAAAAAUGAACUUCUAAAACAUAAUUAAUAUAUCUAACACUAUUAAGUUAAAAUUAAAUAAUUAAAUAAUGAAAAUUCCACUUAUAAAUUCGAAUUAUUGAAGUUUCGAAAAGCUUUAAGGAAUUAAGUUACUUUCAGAAAAGUUAGAGAAAGUUUGAUGAAUGAAUAUGAACAGGAUUUAAGUGAUACAGAGUUAUCUUCCUUUUCCAAUAAUGGUUAAUCCACAACAGAAACAAGACAAAUUAAUACUAGUAUAUCCACUCAAAAAUGUCAUGAAUUAGAAAGAUAUAAAAAAUUAUUUGAAUCACAAGUUACAACUAAUCACAUUCUUUAAGGAGAAUAUAAUAAAAUUUAUAAAUAAAAUUAAUAAUUAUUAGUAGCAAAUGAACGAUUGUGUAUGAAUUCUUAAACUUAAAACAAAAAAAUAGAAAAACUAAAAAAUGAAUUAAUUUAUCUUGAAUAAUUUUGGUAAGCCUCAUUAAAUAAUACAACCAAUUAAAUUAUUAAAUAUUCAAUCACCUAUACAGAUCAAUCAAAGCUACUAUUUGUAUAAAGGAGUUAAAGCUGCAAAUAAUUAGAAUAUUAAGAAUCAACCGAACUGAAAGAAUUCAAGAAUUAUUUAUUGUAGUUACAUAGAGAGUUAUAUUCCAAAAACAGAAAAAAAUUGAUAUCGAGAUGUGUGUCAGAACCUCCCAGGUUUAGGCAAAUUAAAAUGACAAAAAAGAAAAAACCCUUAAAAGAUCAACAUUAAGGAUAACAAGCUUAGGAUUUGUCUAUGAUUCACAAAAAAGAUCUUAGUUAACUUAGCGAAUGUAUAUUCUGA